GCUGUGGGUUGAGAGAUUUCUCAAUUGACAAACAAUCGAAAUAAUAUUGUAAUUAAGUUUAUCGUGAUAAAGAGAAUGGCAGACGACGCUGGUACAAGUUCGCAAUCAUUUGCGGAUAAACAGGCCGAGCGUAUGAAGCGGCUGAGAGAACUGCACACAAAAAGGAAUGAAGCCCGGCAACAAAAUCAUAAAGAAGUUGUCGAAGAAGACAAAAGAAACAAGUUACCGUCCAAUUGGGAAGCUCGUAAGCGUCAGGCAGAUUGGAUCAUGAAAGAUGAAGAAGCGAGAAAGGAAGCACAGGCCAGUGGAAAAGACUACGACAGAGUGAAGCUAUUGCAAAUAGAUGCAACAGAAGCUGAGCGCCUGGCUCGUAAACGCAAAAAGAAAAAUCCAGAUCCUGGAUUUGCAGAUUUCGAACAGGCGACCGUCCGACAAUAUAACCGAUUGGUCAAAGGUAUUAAACCUAAUAUGGAAAACUAUGAAGCAGCUAAGGAAAAGCUCGGCGCUGCAUUUUAUGGUGAUAGGAAUACAAUUCUCCAAGGACUCCACGAAGACAAGAAGGAUGCCGUUGAUAGAUUGGUCGAAGAUGUGGAAAAACAAAUUGCCAAACGUGAUAAAUACAGUCGCCGUAGAAUGCACAACGACGAUGCAGAUAUCGACUACAUCAACGAAAGGAAUGCCAAAUUCAAUCAAAAAUUGGAACGGUUUUAUGGAGAACACACUCGUGAAACUAAACUCAACUUGGAACGUGGUACAGCGAUUUAGUGACUUAUCAUUCUGUGCCUACAAAUUUUUAAUUCACCUCUAUUGGUGAUCAGUUCGAUUCUAUGCCACCACUUUAUUAGCCACGGCAAGCAUUACUCGUAUCUCGUAAAGAAUUUUUAUUAUAGGUCCAUAGAAAUUUUGUAGAAUAAUAGACACAUGGAUAACACACUAAUUAGUAGACGUUACUAAUUGUAUAAGAUCGACCCAUCUCUAAAUUUAUUUUAUAUUAUUUUUCGCUAAUUUUGAUUUCUUUCCGUAAUCAACUUUCGCGCUACCUCGCGACUCAUUUACUAUUUAAAUAAGUAUCACUAGGAACUUCUCCCCAGCUACGCAAUAUUUUAUACGGUACUGCGGUGGCGCAGUACAGUGUUUCAAUUUAUUAUUACGCAAUCCGUUAGAAACUUGAUAAAAAAAAUCCUAUGCAGAUCGGCGAUAUUCUUGUUUCGGUAGCAAGAAAAUCCUAUAACAAAUUGCAACUGGCCCAGCUAAUUUUCACAAAAUUAAUUCAAUUUAGGAAGAGGAUCCCAAACUGCGCAAAGUCUAGCGCGUGGCGAUUCGUGCAAUAUUUAUUGUUAUUGUACAAUAAAAAAGAUUAAUCUGGACGUUUGCGUGAAUAAAAUCAAGUUCAGAAUCGGUAGUAUUGGUUUGAAGAUAACAAUAAUAAUGGUUGAACAGUUGAAUGUAAAAUACAUAUUUCUCAUUUUGAAUAAAAAAUUAAAUUAAUUUACAUUAUUACAA